GCGGUCUCCCACGGUCUUCGACGGCCCACGCCAUCCGGUUCCUCUAUUUACAGUUCCCACGCGCGAGAUUUUCCCUUCACGGUCGCUCUCCCGCGUUUGCAAGCUUCCAACAUCCAGACGAUAUGUGCGGGGGAGCGAUCCUAGCCGAGCUCAUCCCGGCGCGGGUGCACCGCCCGCUGACGGUCGCCACGCUCUGGCCGGCGGCGGCGGCCGAUGGCAGGACCACUACCGCCGGCCGCAAGCGGAAGGCGUCCGACGUCGACGAGUCCGAGGCCGCAACCGACGACGAGUUCGAGGCCGAGUUCCGGCUUUUCGAGGAGGACGAGGAACCGUCUCCGGCCGCCUCGCCUGAAGCCGUCGGUGGCCGCAGGUCCAGGACUGCCCCUUCUCCUGCAGUUUCAGGCGCCGCCGUUUCCACGAGUCCGGGUCCAAGCAGCCACAAGAAGUACAGGGGCGUCCGGUACCGGCGGUCGGGCAGGUGGGCGGCGGAGAUCAGGGACCCGCGGCAGGGGCGGCGCGCGUGGCUCGGCACCUACUGCACCGCCGAGGAGGCCGCCCGGGCGUACGACCGCGAGGCCCGCCGGAUCCGCGGGAAGAGCGCGCGCCUCAACUUCCCGAUCCCGCACGAGGACCUGCCCAGGCGGCGAACGCCGGUGGCCAUCGACCUGAACGUUGCGGCAGUUUCCGAUGAUCUCGACACCGUGGAUGUUGACGGAGAUGCGGGUGACAUUCGCCAUGAAGAGAUGGGCGGUGAGGCGGUGAGGCGCACGAUAGCGUGGAUCAAGGAACUGAUAACGCAGGGUCCUCAGGACGAGAGGAUCGUGCCUGAACUGAAGAUGAACGGAGCGUUGCGGUAUGCGGCGUUGAUCGCCGAAUGCAGCCGUCAGAUGGAGGAGAUCGCCGCCCUGCGGAGGGACCUCGAGACCCACGAGAGGCAGCUUGUCCGGCUGGUUUCGAAUGUGCUUCGUUGAUCACUCCAAUAACGUGGAGCUGAAAUUAGCACUGAUGUUUGCAGAGUCAGGAAGCUUUAGUAUGUAUGCUGAUCGCUGGAUUAUAUAUGUAUGUUUAUGGCGUGAAGUGUGAACAAUGUAUUUGUGAUAGAAGAGCACUAGAACAGUAAUGAGUGAGAAGAUCUUGCCAUAACGAUGAUGACAAGGUCGAACAUUUUCAAGCUUUUUUUUCGAA